AACAAAUCAGGACAUUGAGUUUCGCUUUUAUUUAUAAUUCUAGAGAAAGAGAAAAUUCAAAAGAGAGAAAGAGGAAGAGAAAGAAGGAAGGAGACCAUGGACAUGCCGUCUGCUCAUCGUCUUUGACCAUCUCCUUCCUUUCACAUUCUCUUUUUAUUUUAUUUCUCUCCCAAAACCCUCCCUUAUGUCAUCAUUAUAAUCAUAAUCUGAGUUCCACCAAAUUAACAAUCUAAUUACACACAGAUCUUUUAGAUCAUGGGAAAUUGCUGUACAAUUCCAAAUGUCAAGAACCUCAAACAAAAACCAAAGGAAAGGCAAGAAAAGCCCAAGAAAGAUGAGAAGACCAGGACCAAGAAAAACAAGAAGAACAAUAACAAUAACACCAAGCUAGAGGUGUUGAAAGAGCCCACGGGCCGAGAGAUCGGGCUUAGUUACGAACUGGGGAGGGAACUUGGGAGAGGAGAAUUCGGUAUAACGUAUUUAUGUAAAGAUAGGAAAACGGGACAGGAAUUGGCCUGCAAAUCGAUUUCUAAGAAUAAGCUUAGAACUGCGAUUGAUAUUGAAGAUGUGAGAAGAGAAGUUGAAAUCAUGAGGCAUUUGCCUAAGCAUCCUAACAUCGUUACGUUGAAGGAUACCUUUGAAGAUGACGAAGACGUUCAUCUUGUUAUGGAACUUUGUGAAGGUGGUGAACUCUUCGAUCGCAUCGUUGCUAGAGGACAUUACACCGAACGCGCCGCGGCUUCCGUCGUUAGAACAGCCGUCCAAGUUGUUCAGAUGUGCCACAAACAUGGUGUGAUGCAUCGGGAUCUUAAGCCCGAGAACUUUUUGUUUGCGGACAAGAAGGAGACAUCGCCUUUGAAGGCUAUUGACUUUGGUUUGUCAAUUUUCUUUAAACCAGGUGAUAAAUUUAAUGAGAUAGUUGGAAGUCCAUAUUACAUGGCCCCUGAAGUAUUGAAAAGAAAUUAUGGCCCCGAAGUUGAUAUCUGGAGUGCUGGAGUCAUUCUUUACAUCUUACUUUGUGGUGUCCCUCCUUUUUGGGCAGAAACUGAACAGGGAGUUGCUCAAGCAAUUAUAAAGUCGGUUCUUGACUUUAAAAGGGAUCCAUGGCCAAAGGUUUCUGAUAAUGCAAAAGACCUUGUUAAGAAGAUGCUUGAUCCUGAUCCAAAGCGCCGGCUUACUGCACAGGAAGUGUUAGAUCAUCCAUGGUUGCAGAAUGCAAAGACAGCUCCUGAUGUUUCAUUAGGAGAAACCGUUAGAGCAAGGCUGAUGCAAUUUUCUGUAAUGAACAAACUUAAGAAAACAGCAUUGAGGGUGAUUGCAGAUCAUUUGUCUGUAGAAGAAGUUGCUGGAAUUAAAGAGGGAUUCCAUGUGAUGGACACAGAAAAUAAUGGGAAAAUUAACAUGGAGGAACUUCGAGUAGGGUUGAUUAAGCUAGGCCACCAAAUUCCUGAUGCAGAUGUCCAAAUACUCAUGGAAGCUGGUGACGUAGACAAAGAUGGGUACCUAGAUUAUGGAGAGUUUGUAGCCAUUUCUAUUCAUCUGAGAAAGAUAUCCCAUGAUGAGCACCUCCACAGAGCAUUUCAAUUUUUUGAUAAAAACGAAUCUGGGUAUAUUGAACUUGAGGAGUUACGUAAUGCUUUAGCUGACGAGAUUGACCAAAACAAUGAAGAAGUUAUUACUGCAAUUAUGCAUGAUGUGGACACAGACAAGGAUGGAAAAAUAAGUUAUGAGGAAUUUGCUGCAAUGAUGAAGGCUGGAACAGAUUGGAGAAAAGCAUCAAGGCAGUAUUCGCGAGAGAGGUUUACCAGUCUUAGUCUGAAACUGAUGAAGGAGGGGUCAGUAAAAUUGAGCAAUGACAAUGAGGCUAGGAUAUAGGUUGGAGUGUAUGUUUGGGUAGCUGUUGUUGGAGCCCCAAACUCAGUUUGUUGUAUAGAAGCAAGCAACGAUACACAUCCUUUUUGGUGCCAACUGAGCAGUGAUGUCUGUUUGAUUUGCAGUUUUUUUCCACUCUUUUGGUUUGUUAAGGUUAUCAUUUGAGAAAAUACAAGAUGGGAGGAUUGGACAAAUCAUCAAAUUGUGUUGCUAUAAAUAUUUCAAAUAUCACAGAGUACAAUGACUAAUCAUUUGACA